UCAAAGCAAAGCAAAGAUUGUCAAGAAUCUCAACGUUUGGGCGUCUUGAUGCGAUCUUUUUAGUUCCGUCCGAGUGGAAUACUGACUAUUCAAAUUUCCGACCCCAAUUUUAAUCGUGAAAUGCUGUGUAUUUCUUAAUUUAAAAUGAAUCCUACAGUUUUUUUAGUUAUCCUCGGGCAGUUAAGUUUUGUAUUUUCCGCCAUUAGUGAUGAUGAAUAUAGGCUCGAGACCCUUUGUUCAUCACCGGCCUUGGAGCAUUUUGAUAUUACUCCAAUUUUAAAAAACGACCGACUUGUGUCAAGUUACUUCAAGUGCUUCAUGGAUGAAGGUCCUUGCACUAACGAGGGGAAGAUGGUCAAAAGAAUUAUACCAGAAAUAAUGAGAACACAGUGUAGAAACUGUAAUCCUACGAUGAGGAGGAUAGUGCGCACAGUUAUGAAGCACAUGUUCCAGACAAGGCCGAGAGACGUGGAUGACUUUUUCCUGAAGUACGAUCCUCAUGAAAUGUACUACGAUGACCUCAUCGAGUUCAUGGACGAAGACAAUGACUACUAAGAGUGAACCACGCACAUAUGCCGUCCCCGGUCUGAGUUGCAAAAUUAAAGUGUGCGAUCGAGCGCAUCAUUAAUGACAUUUUUACUGAAAUCAAUAGUUUGUUCCUUCUAAAAUUGUUCUUUCGUAAAAUAAAAAUUAUCGUCAAACAUACUUUUAAAAAUAAAAUUUGGCUAGUAACAGCUGUA